CAGCUGAGCGCAGCAUCCUUCGUAUGAAGAGUUUAAAAGAAGCAGAAGCGGAGCAGGAGCCAGAGUUUUCUUGCUGUUGGACACAUGUGAAGCUCCUGUAACUUUGGGCUCAGUCUCCAGAUAACGUGAGGCUCUCUGUGGUUGUCUGUUUUUGUAACUCCAUGUUUCUCAGAAAUCGUUUUCUACUUGUUUUACAGCAGCAGCUCAGUUCUUUUACCCAGAGAAAACUGACUCGCAUUGAUGAUUCAUGUUUAAUAGCUGGAAUAUUUUCCUCUUUGUGUCGACAUGAGUUGUGCUCAUAAACUAACUGUCUCUCUGGAAGCAGGCUGCGUAUCUAAAUGUGUAUCUGUGGUUUAUCCUAAGGUUAACGUCUAUGCUGUUUAACUGGAUCUUAACUUAUGCAUGGCCACAGUAGCAGUGUGCUGGAGUUCUCCCAUUGUGCCCAGUCAGAGUUCUCCUGGUUCCUGCUGAUCUGCUCCUACAGGGACAGCUUCCAUCCUUCAUCUAAUAAAAUCUGUUUGUGUUGACAGUAAUGAACAUUUCUCAGGUGUCACAUUUCACCCUAAGUGCCUACUUUGAUAUUGGCCUGUUUAAGUACUUGGUUUUCCUUUUCCUCAUGUGUGUUUAUAUCGUCAUCAUAUCUUCUAAUGUCCUGCUGAUCGUGGUGGUCUGUGUGAACAGGAGCUUACAUGAACCUAUGUACAUGUUUCUGUGCAGCCUGUUUGUGAAUGAACUGUACGGCAGCUCAGGCUUGUUCCCCUUCCUGCUGGUCCAGAUCCUCUCUGAUGUUCACACGGUUUCUGUUCCUCUCUGCUUCCUGCAGAUCUUCUGCCUCUAUAUGUAUGGAAAUGUGGAGUUUUAUAACUUGGCUGCCAUGUCUUAUGACAGAUAUCUGGCCAUCUGUCAUCCUCUGCAUUACAACACACAGAUGCAGAUGAACACAGUUAUCAGGCUGGUUGUGUUAUCAUGGUUUCUUCCUCUGCUGAACAUGAUUGUGGUGAUUUCCCUGAAUGCAUCCUCUAGGUUGUGUGGGAACAUCAUCGACAGAGUUGUCUGCGCCAACUAUUAUGUUGUGAAGUUGUCCUGCAGCAAUGUAACAGCCAGCAACAUCUAUGGACUGGUCUACACUUUCUCUGUGCUUGUCAUCCUCGCUGCACUCAUCCUCUACACAUAUGUGAAAAUACUGCAGGUGUGUUUUUCUGGAUCCAAGGAGACCCGGCAGAAAGCCAUCAGCACCUGCACACCCCACCUGGUCUCCCUGCUGAACUUCUCUUUUGGCUCUUUCUUUUCUGUUUUACAGAGCAGGUUCGACAUGAGCAGAGUUCCCAACAUCCUUCGUAUUAUUUUAUCCAUAUACUUUGUUGUCUGUCAGCCACUUUUGAACCCUCUGUUGUAUGGACUCAAGCUGAACAAGAUCCAAAUCAUAUGCAGAAGUCUUUUCUUUAAUAAAAAAUGAUUUGCUUUCGUAGAAGUAUCCAGUUUAUCCUGAGAGCUCCAAGGUAAAAAGAAAACACUAUACUGCAGGUGUAUCAUUUUCUUGUAUAUUCUAAUAGGACUUAAGUAUAGGAUUAUUCAAAAAAAGUUGUCUAUAUUACAUGUUGAAAAUAAACAAUUGAAAUAUUUAAAGAUCAGGUCUUUACAUUUUUUUAACUUUAAAAUAUUACAUUUUAUUAAGAGUUAAUUCAAUAAUUGAAACAAGUCAAUGUAAAGUAACUGUUCUCAGGCCACUUUUAUUUAACAUUCAAGCGAUUAUUGUAGUUCAGAUUACAGAGUACUACUGCAGGUCCUACCAAAUGUAUGCUGACGACAAAAUUUAUAUCUUUUAUCACCACAUGACCCUAGUCCACUGCAUUGACGGAGUCAGUGUUCAUCAUUUCAAUCUGUAAAACUCACACGGAAAGAAAAAGUUAGAAGAUUGUUAUUGAUAC